AUGCUUAUUAGUCUUCCAAAAAGUUGUCGUUCAUCACUGCUCUUUCCCUCGUUAUUGCUUAAUCAAGAAAGAUGUUACAGUUCAAAGGGAACAUUACCCAAAAGAUUUAAACUGUCCAAAUCCUCUCUUUUAGGUGCAUCUAAACAGAAUAAAAAUGAUAACAGAUUAAAUUCAAAACAUAAAAAUCGUACCGAUAAUAACAUUAAGAAUAAGCUCCAAAUACCCCAUAGCAACACCACUUUUAAGUAUGGUGAAUUUGGUGGUUUAAAAAAAAAUGCUAAUGGAUUUAACAAUGAACAGAAGAUAGGUAUGAUAAAACUAAUCGAAAAGAUCAAUGAUUUUGAUAGUCUGAAAUUGCUACCAUUUACAAGAACUGUUUUCCAAAACGUUAUAUCCAGAGAAUCAAUCGCUUUAAAGAAUAAAAAAAAGUUGGAUAUCACUAGGAUUCGACCCACUCCUAUCCAAACAGUAACCAUAAAGUAUUUGUCUAAACGGUUGAUGGAUCCUAAUUUGCAAGUACAUGCUAUUGCAGCAGACACAGGAUCUGGAAAGACUAUGGCAUAUUUAAUCCCAAUGAUCGAUUACUUUUUACGAAUAAAAGGCCUUGAUUUAACAAGUAAACCAACAGAGGAAUGGUCAAAAAAAAAUGGUAUUCAAUCAAUCAUAUUAGUUCCAACAUACGAAUUAAUUCAACAAGUGUAUGAAACAUUAAUAGAAGUGGCUAAAGAGACACAAUUUAACGUAUUUAAAUGGGAUCAGAAGACUCAGUAUGGUGAUUUACUAAAUAAUAUUAAACAUAAUAUCGAUAUUUUAGUCACUACACCAAACAAGUUGAUGUCAAUCUAUAAUAUAAAAAUGAUUACACGACCUGAUCGUAUCCUUAAUAAUGUCAAAUUUUGUGUAGUAGACGAAGCAGACACCUUGAUGGAUCAAUCAUGGUUAGAUAUGACUGUACGCUGUAUAAGACAUUUUAGAGAUAUGAAUCAUCUUAUAUUAUGUUCUGCUACCGUACCUAAUGAAUUUAACAAAAAUUUGACUAAAUUCUUUCCUAAUGUCGAAGUCAUCACAACACCUCGGCUACAUAAAUUAUCAUCAAGAUUAGAGUUUAAGAUUAUUGAUUCAACAUUAAACCCCUUUAAAGGAUCUAAAAUCAAAACUUUAGGUCAAAUAUUAUAUUCAAUAAGACAAGAUAAUACAGAUCCUGGAUAUCAAAAAAGAUGUAUAAUAUUUGUUAAUGAAAAAGAUGAAGUAAGAAAUGUCACUAAAAGAUUAAUCAAUGAUUAUAAACUUGAUUGUAUUGGAUUGAGUAGCGAAGACACGAUCGAAAAAAGGUUGACUUCCGUAAAAGAAUUCUUGUCAGAUCCAAAACCAUUGUCAACAAAUGACAAUAAUGAGAGGAAUACUAGUCACAAGCAUAAAGAUUUUAUGACAAGAUAUAAUCUUGAAAAGAUACCAGGAUCUAACAUUGCAAUUCACAAUGGUGAUAAUGCCGAUGGCGCCUGUAUAUAUCAAACAGAUCGAACAUCACAUCUGAAUAACAUAAAUAAUCCAAUAAAAAUUUUGGUAUGUACUGAUCUUUUGGCUAGAGGACUUAACUUUCAGGGUGUACGUAACGUUAUUUUAUACGAUGUACCAAAGACAUCUAUCGAUCUAGUUCAUAGAGUAGGCAGAACUGCAAGAAUGAGUCAAAGUGGUAGAGUGUUUAUGAUAACUGAUAAAAAAACCAAAUCAUGGGCCAAGGGCUUACCAAAAGUUAUUAGAAAUAAUGUAACUUUAAUAUAA